AUGCUGAUCUUACUACUAACGAAACGUUCUCAAAAUGGGCCAUUUGGUGACGUUGGCGACAUGGUCUGUAUCCUGCCUGCUGCUAUCCAAGCUCUCUUGCUAACUCCUGCCAGCUCCCUCAAUCAAUGGGCCCUCGACUUCGAAGGCAACGCUGCCCGCAUCAUCGAGAGCAUCCGUCGCGCCAAAGAGGCCGGAGCCACCAUGCGCGUCGGCCCUGAGCUCGAGAUCACUGGCUACGGCUGUCUGGACCACUUCCUCGAGGGUGACGUCUUUCUGCACUCGUGGGAGAUGCUGGCCCGCAUCAUUCAGGAUCCGGUCUGCCAGGACAUCCUCGUCGACGUGGGCAUGCCUGUCCGCCAUCGCAAUGUCCGCUACAACUGCCGUGUGGUCUUCUACAACAAGAAGAUUGUCCUCAUCCGGCCCAAGAUGUGGCUGGCCAAUGAUGGAAACUACAGAGAAAUGCGAUACUUCACCCCCUGGCAGCGUCCGCGCGAAGUCGAGGACUAUUACCUCGAGCAGAUCGUAGGGAACAUCACCGGGCAGUACACAGUCCCCUUUGGUGACGCCGUCAUCAGCACCAGAGACACAUGCAUUGGAAUGGAGACGUGUGAGGAGCUGUUCACGCCGAAUGGGUCAGGUGUCGAGAUCAUCUCCAACUCCUCUGGGAGCCACCACGAGUUGAGGAAGCUGGAUACCCGGAUCAAUCUGAUCACGCAGGCCACGCAAUCGUCUGGUGGUAUAUAUCUCUAUGCAAAUCAGCAAGGCUGCGACGGAGACCGGCUCUAUUACGACGGUUGCGCCAUGAUCGUUGUCAACGGUAGCAUCCUUGCGCAGGGCUCGCAAUUCUCCCUGAACGACGUCGAGGUGGUUACUGCGACGGUGGAUAUCGAAGAUGUUCGCACCUUCAGAUCCACAGCCAGCCGCGGACUGCAGGCCAGCAAGCAGCCUGCGGUCAUCCGCUUGGAACUGGACAUGCGGCUAUCCCGAGUGGCAGGAGACGCCGAACCUGGGCUUAUGCCCUCUCAACCGGUCGAGCCGCGGUAUCACCUGCCGGAAGAAGAGAUUGCCCUGGGCCCAGCAUGCUGGCUGUGGGACUACAUCCGCCGAGGCGGCGCUGCGGGAUUCUUCCUCCCGCUGAGUGGAGGGAUUGAUAGCUGUUCCACUGCCAUCAUUGUCUUCUCCAUGUGCCGAGAGGUCAUCAGGGCGAUCUCGGAGGGGAACAAGGACGUGAUCAGGGAUGUCCGCCGUCUGUGUGCAGAACCCGAAGGGUCGACGUGGCUGCCCAAAGAGCCGCAGGAAGUUUGCCACCGGCUGUUUCACACCGCGUUCAUGGGGUCGCAAAACUCGAGCAAGGCCACGCGGGAGCGGGCGAAAAGGCUGGCGACGGAAAUCGGCUCGUACCACAUCGACAUGAAUAUCGACACGGCCGUGAGCGCGUUGACGAAUCUAUUCACGGCGGUCACCAACUUCCAGCCUCGCUUCAAGGUGCAUGGCGGCAGCUCGGCCGAAAACGCGGCGCUGCAGAACAUCCAAGCGCGCCUGCGGAUGAUUCUGUCGUACAUGUUUGCGCAGAUGCUGCCGACGGUGCGCAAGCGGUAUGGAGGGCUUCUCGUUUUGGCGAGUGCCAAUGUUGACGAGAGCAGUGCAGAUCUCAACCCGAUCGGGUCGAUUUCGAAGGUCGACCUUAAAUCCUUCAUCAAAUGGGCCAUCACAGCCUUCAACCUGCCGAUCCUAGAGGACUUCCUGAAAGCAACACCGACAGCCGAACUCGAGCCGAUGACAUCGACGUACGUGCAGUCGGACGAGGCCGACAUGGGCAUGACCUACCAGGAGCUGUCGGUGUUUGGACGGCUGCGGAAAGUGGCCAAACUGGGGCCCUGGACCAUGUACGAGAAGCUGCUACACGUGUGGGGCAACGAGUACAGUCCGCGCGAGAUCUACGAGAAGACGCGGCAUUUCUUCUACCAUUACUCGAUUAACCGGCACAAGAUGACGGUGCUGACGCCGAGCUACCACGCCGAGCAGUAUUCGCCGGAGGACCAUCGGCAUGAUCUGCGGCAGUUUUUG